AUGCUCAAAUCUUCUCCAUAUGGUGAAUUAAGAGUUCUUUGGUACAAAGAUAGUUCUUUACUGGGUGAUAGCGCGGACCCCAAUCGUCUUUUGCCUCUCCGGACAAGAAUGCAUGCCAACUACAGUCUUCAAGUCGAUGGUUUGACAGCAGAUGACACAGCAGAUUAUACUUGCGAGGUAAUUCGUGCAGAACCCUUGGGUCCGGUCAGACAGACUCACUCCAUUGAAGUUCAAUAUGCUCCAAUCGUGAAAACUAUACCAGAAGACGGUUAUUUAGAAGUCAAGAAGGGUGAAUACGUGGACAUUGGUUGUGAAGCGACUGGUACACCUACUCCUAUCGUCAAUUGGAAGAAGAAUGGCGAGUCCAUGGCGCUAUUGGAGCACAGGUCCAGGAUUCGAUUCCGUGCUGAGCAUCGUCUAUUAGCGGGCGUGUACGAAUGUACAGCUACGAAUGGUGUUGGAGACCCAAUAACAGCAGCUAUAACAGUUGUUAUACAAGAUGCUCCGGUAGUUACUACAUCUCGUAGUUUCGUUCACACGGCGAUUGGCUUACGAGCGGUGUUGGCGUCGAAAUUAGAGUUUGCAGCACCCGCCGCUCGUACGGCUUGGUACAGAGAUGGAAAACCAGUUAGAACAGAUGACAGAAUCAUAAUAAUGGUUCAAGAUAAUGUACAUCAGUUAAUAUUCAGAAGCGUUCGGAAAUCAGACUUCGGUAACUACACGUUCAGAGCUGAGAAUAGUCUGGGAAUGGCUGAUGUAUCGUUUAAAUUGACGGGUGUUCCAAAUACCGCGUCUUUUAAAGUGGAUCCUUCCUUAAACAAAGCUGAUGCAACAAGUUACACACUGUUGUGGGAAGUAGAUAGUUACUCCAAUAUCAUAGAAUAUAAUCUUUGGCUUCGUCCAUACUACGGCCGCCCCGCUACCACGGAACCGGACUUCAUAACGACGGAAACUCCAAACGUCUGGUCGAAGAUCGUGGUACCGGGCGACUCUAAUGAAGGUCCAAUACACAGUGCCACCUAUACUGUAAGAGGUUUAACUCCGUCCACUGUUUAUGAAGCCGUGGUUACGUCCAGAAAUAGAUUUGGAUGGAGUAAGCCUUCCGCUGUUCUACAUUUCGCUACAGAGCCUGGAGCAGGAAAAAUCUUACUCUCGACAUCAGAUUACACCGAUUUCACUCCAAUAUUAGAAGAUCCUGAACCACAGCAACUAUACAAUAUAACACAAGCGCAAGUUUUCGAACGUUUCAACGAACUGUCAAAUUCAUCGAGGCGGGAGAAAGUGUCAUUUACUUAUAUUUUGACUUUUACGUUUAUAUUAUUGAAAUACUUUUGUUGA